GUUGUUUGUUACUGUUUGUUUGCCAUGCUUAAUUUGUGCGGAUAAAGCUAAUGUUUCUAUUGAUUGCCAUUCGUUGGCUGUUCAAAUGUUCGGUCUUUCGUCUGGGUUCGCUCAACUCUCUGGCCUCGUCUCUCCAUUUGUCAGCCAAAUGUGUCUGUGUUUUUUGCAUGCAUUCUGCUGACACAUCUUCGAGACACACUCCAGCAGUCUAAUAAUAUCAUCGUCUAAGAAAAGAUUGCCGGAUGAAAUAUUAAACGGAAUAUGACAUUACCUUCGAAACGGCAAAGAACAACAACGUCGGCGACGGGAACGCGAUAAUAAAAAACGUCGUCCACCGCCACAGUGAUACAUACUCUUCUCCAAUGAUGUUGUAUACAAGAUAAAGAUAGUGUUCGUCUGACUGUCUGUUUGUAUGUCGUUUGUCUAUCUAUUUUUUUUUUUUUGGCUGAGGCCCGGGUGCUGAUUCCGGAUGCUUGUGCGUGAAAUCAACUCAAAUUAGAUGGCAAAAAAAAGUCAAGCCAAAAUCCAAUGAAAAUGGAAAUUAAAUUGCCAUUUUUUAUGAGAAUUGCAUGAUUUGAAAAUGGGAAUUCUGCCUCCACUGCUGCCCACACAGCGAAUAUCUCACACAAAAGGUAAACUCGUAUUUCAGCCUCCAACUCUCGCACCACAUAUGAGGCCGCAGUCGCUGCUUGAUGCUAACUCGUUCGAUUUCAUUAUUUAAUACCGAACAGCUACUAAAACUGCCAUUAUGUGGAAAUGCACCAUUGUACAACCUUUAAACUAUAGCACGGAGGAGUCACAAACUUUUCAAAGUCUGCAACACUGAGAGGCGAAUACGACGGCCGACCAACCGACCGACGACGACAACGGCAACGGAGCGAGCAACUCCAACCAAAUUCAAUUCAUACAGUUUGGUGUGAACGUAAAUUGAAAAUGAAAGCUGCUCAUAACUUCUAGACAAGAAGAAAACGCAACGCAAAAACAAAAAAAAAAAACAUACACAGAAAUACCUACCAAAAACAAAAAAGCAGAGUAACAGCAAUGUAUAACAACACGACAACGACGACGUCAAGGAGUAUAGAGUGACGAAGGUGGCAAAGUGAAAAAUUUUCAAUAUUUUACCAGAAACAGAAGCAGCAGCAGCUGAGGCAAAUCAAUUUCAUGUCUGGUAGCUUCUUCGUACAUAAAUCAAAUAAUAAAAACAACAACAAGCUAAAUAAUUAUUAACAAUUCAAAUUAAGCAAUUCUGUAAUUAUUCAAAAUGCAUGGACUUUUGCAAGUAGUAGAGCUGAAAAUGAAGUGAAACGGAAAAUCGAUGCAAAACUUAGUAUAACUUCCUUCAGAGUAGUAUCCAAAGGACUUUUUCUUAGUCAUUGAAGUUAUAUUUUGUGAACCGCCGAUGUGUGUAUAUGAAUGAACUGAAUGAAUGAACUUUUCCAGACAUUAACCAGAUUAGUUUUUUUUUUUUAUUUUGAGAGGAAGUGAAAAAAAAAAUUAAAACAGCCACCAACGUACUAUACAACAACGAAAAUCCUUCUUCGACCGAAAUAAAUUUAAUUUAAUUAAAACUCAAAUAAAAAACAGGAAACUCUGUCGCCUUUUCUUCAAUUUCCUUCCAAACUGAAAACAUGUCCUGUUACAGUAAUGGCAACUGUAUCCGGUAUUGACGAAGCCGAUAACUCAUCAACAGCAAUACAGCAUCAGCAACCUUGUAACAAAAUUUCCUUGUCCGUUACAACAAUAACACUGGAAGGAGGAGAACACAUUAAGACAACAUCAUUAUCAUCAUCGCCAUCAUUGACAUCAGUCAACCAGGAGGAGGCGCCGUCAUCAUCAACGAAUGUUAUAGCCGUUCAGGAGCAACCAAAUUACAAUCAUCAUUGUCAAAUUCUUACAUCUUUGUCUAGUGGAGGAAAUCCUAAGCAAAAACCGCAAAUGGAAAUCGAAGAGGAGGAAAUGUUAGAUGCCGUUACAUUUCCUUUAGACGAAAUACCCGAACCCAUCAAAGUAUUGGAUGAUAUUAUUUCUGAAUUUGAAGACAAUAUUUCAUUGAGGCCACAAUUGCAAAAUAGUGGUGAAAAUCAAUCCGAGGAUGAUGGUUAUAUGAGUCUCAGUCGCAAAAACAUGAAGGAAAAGCGUGAUUCUGAAGAAAUGUCCCAAACCAGCUCUAGCUGUGCACCCGUCGUAACACCCAAUGAAAGUUUUGAUGCCGUUGAUUUGGUUCGAUUUGAGAGCAAUGGCAAUUGCCACAGCAACCCAUUGGAAUCGAAAACUAAUUCGACCACAACGACAACAUCGUCCUCGACAAAUGCCAAUAGUACAGAUCCCAAUAAUUUGGAACAAACUACCUUGCCCAAAGCCCGUACCACAACAUCAGCCGCAUCCAACAAUUCGAAUUACUCGAGUCUUCCAUGUUGUGGCCAACGUACUGGUAGCAGUUUAAAUGACAGCAAGGUUCGUGUGGGCAGCUGCAAUGGUGAACGGAAUGCUUUGGGCAUUGAUAUCAGUGCCGUUCACAAAGCGGUUUUGAGGGGCAGCGUGGCCAAGCUACAAGAACCAAUGUUGAAUGAACAUCCCGUCACCAUAUAUCCCGGUCCAAAAGAUGGCCCCGCCAGCGGUCGUAGCAAUCGUCCAAAACGACUACAGGCAUCGGUGGAAAAACAUAAGGAGGUCUGCCACAUACUUAACCCAGGUUCUACAUCGAUUUCCUGUUCUUCUUCGUCCUCAUCCCCAGCCAGUACGGGCACUGGCACAACAUCGGAAAAUGCCAAAACGAAUUCCUCGUCCUCCAACAAUACAUUGGAUAAGUAUUCCAAUAAAAAUAAUACCGAUGAGGAUGACGAUAUCUCUGAAGAUUCUUUAGAAGAUCCUUCGGGUAUAACAGUCUCGUCGGAAUCAACAUUACUUACACCACGGGGUAUUGCAUGGGAGAUACAUUUUAAAGAUUUCAAAAAGAAAAGCAAACAAAAUCAGGGGUUAAAGUCGAAAUCGGGAAAUUCCCGGAGUACCUAUAACCAUCCACCUGUUCUCCAUUCCCCAACAACCCCUCAAAAUCACUUACACAUCCAAGAAGAGGAAUUUCGCAGCUUCGAAGAGAGUCCAGAAAUCCAAAACUCCUGCGUCUAUCGUCAUUCGAACAGCAUGCUGGGCAAGGGCACAUUCAUCAUACGCCGUGGUUCAAUUAAAAAACCACCUCGUGCCAUGGACAUAUUCUCCAACUAUGAUGAAUCUGUUAAGCAUGGUCUGAGCGAAAGUGAACCUGACAUGGACUCAGAAUCCGAACGCACGCCACAUUAUAAACCACAAGAUGCCAGAGAUGCCGAAUAUAAAACAUGUGAUACCAAAGAUGCCAAUACUCGACAUAGCUUUGAUAUAGGAAAACCCAUUACUUCGCCCAGAGAUCGGUUAUCCUUGAAUUUGGAACCGAUCAGGCCAGCCAUUAGUUCGAUAAGAAAAGAUUUGUCACCCAUUCAACUAUUGAAUAAGACAUCUAGCUUUGAAGCAUCCAAAAAGGGGAGUUUGAUUUCCCUGGAGGCCCGUUGCAGUCAGGAAUCAAUAAAUACAGCUCGAACUCCUUGCCACGAAGAGACAACUUCUGCUUAUGACGUGAAAGGUUUGGAAUCACCAGGUCUAUUUGCAUACAAACAAGCCAACAAUGGUCCUAUUAAGAGCUCGGAGUUCAAUGAAAUACGCUCAACAUCGACUACACCGCACACUGAUCUCGCCCCAACCCUGGAGGAGGAUGAAGAACAAUUGAGCGAUAUGAGUUUUGGCUGUGUACCAUUGAAACAGCUUGAAUCCAAUAGAGGAGGAGCAGUUCAUUUGCGUAAUGACAUGGCUGUGAGUAAAAUGACUGAACAACCCUUACAUAAACGUCCCCUGGAGUUUCGUCCUGGAGUACAUAAAUCUGAGAGUGCGAAAGAAAUGCUACUUUCACAAAAUACCUUUGGUCCCUUGCCUCCAUCUCCUCCGUCAUCUAAUCCCGAUACGUUUGAUUACAACGACUUGCCUUUACCGCCUUCUCCGUCGGAUGACACGUCUGUGGGUGAAGAUGAUAUAAAACCACCUGUCAAAUCUUAUGUCCAAACGUCUGCUGAAAUACACACCCAUUCCGUGACACGUGAAGAGAAACGUCAUCCGCGUACCAAAGAGCGUGAAAAACCUCUUGGACGACCGGUACAUCGUCACAUGUCGGAUGAGUUGCCAUUACCACCGCCACCUCCGUCAGCAUUUGAGAGUAUUGCACCUGUGGUUCCACCACAUCGAGCCGGCCAUUCUAUAAAUACCAUGAAAUCUUGGUCUAUAGAUUCGAAUUAUAAACGGAAAUCUCCAAGGGUGAUGGGUGGUUAUGGAAGCGGUGUUACCACACCCACCAGUUCACAUGGUCCUUCGUACGAUGGCAGCAGUGGUAGCGGCUAUGGUACAAGACGUUAUGUUUCGUAUGGCACCAAACGUAGUUCUAAGCAAUCACCCAGAGAGGAACAUCGUCUGCAGACAUCCUGUAGUCUUCCGGAAACACCAAUCUUUGCCCGGGGCUGCGAUAUACCAAGAACCCCCUAUCGUCGUCAAACUGAAAAUACACCCAGCGGGUCUAGAACAGCUCCCAGGUCCAGUACUUCAAACAACAUUAAUUUAGGCAGCUCUAUUGGCGGUAUGUCCGGUGGCAAUACCUUUGGGGGAGCCAUGUGUCGCCAGCGCUCCAUAAAUCAUGCUUUAGCUUCCAACGAAAUGUUACGGCUGGCGGGUGCACCACAACGUGGAUGGUAUCCCAAACAAAGAUCAAUGCGACCAGCUUCAACAGAGAAUAUAGAUCGCAUUUCAACAAUGCGAAUAUGGGAUGGUACGCCGGCUAUGUCGGGUACGGGACCUGCAAGAAAACCUCUCACGUUGCCACCAAAUUUAACACCAUCAUUUUUGAAUAAAUCCCCACGCGAAGCUUUACGUCGUGUAACCAGUUUACUAAUAACUAAAAAGAAAAAUCCCAAGGAUAAGAAAAAUAGAUCGGCUUAUACUGCUGACCAAUGUUUGGAGGCCAGUUAUUAUCAUGACAUUGACCGAAACGCAUGCUCCACCAUUCCUAAUCCAAAGGAACUGAAGCAACGGGGUCAAAGCAAUACAACUGAGAAACCAAAAAAGAAGGGUAUUUUCAAAACACUUUGGAAACGAACGAAACAUUUUUCAUUGGAUCAAUAAGGCGAUAGUUGUUGCUGUGAUUUCCCGCUUGUACAAGAAACCAGGGAAUAUUCCAGGGGUUCACAUUCAUAUGGGUUCCUUUUGGGCUGGCAAAAAGUAUAUAUCUAGUUCCAGGGCAUUGUGUUGAAUGACAACACUUCUCUAUUUUAUUGAAAAUUCAAUACGCUCCAUAUUCUUUGACCAAAAUUAGCAACAAGAAGAGAUUUCAACUAGUGACCAGCGUUGUCAUUGGUCUCUGUACAAGUCGGAUAGUAUAAGAAACAAAUACACACAGAACAAUAAAUUAUUUUUUGUAUUUCGUUUCCAAAUGCCCUCCAGAAAAGAAAACAACAACUGAAAUUAUUGCAAAAUUAAUUAUGGAAAAUAAGCAAAACAUAAAUUCCCUCUUUCACCAUCCAGUUGCUCCUCCACUAGGCUAGUUACUAGCAAAGCACCUGAGUAAUAUCCCUGUUGUCCUCACCAAUUCUUACACAUACAAAAACCACAAUACAUAUAUAACUAGAAAGAAAAGGUAAUUUUUGAUAAAAAAAAUCUUAAAAAUUAUUUAACAAAAAAGAAAAACACAAGAGAAAAUUCAAUAUUAUCUAAAUGCACAAAGGCGGGAAUCUCAAAAAGACUGAAAUUAUUGCAAUUUGUCAAAACCAUUUAUUUAAUUAUACAACUACCACUUCUAAUUACAACAACAACUACUACUACGAAUCCAACAACUACAGUUUCAAUUUUUACCGAGACUUACAAAUCUAUUUAAAUGUGUAUACGUACAUCACAAAAAUUAAUGAAAAUCUAUUUGCAUGCAAAAAAAAAAAAAAAAAAAAAAAACAAAACAAACUACUUAAGAUCUAUCACAAAACCGUAUACAGCAUCUAUCACAGAACCACUAUCUCUCUCUAUGCUAUAGUAUUGAUGGAUCUCCAUUAUUACAUGUUAGAUUGGGGCUAACACUUGGCAAUUUUCGUUUUUACAAUAACUUGACAAUCCAAAAACAAAAAUUGCUUUUUGUUUCUUCCCCAUGGGAAAUAAUUUGGAGACCAUUAAUUACGUCUCAAUACAGAACCUUCUGAUGACUUUACUGUACAUAAUAUGUCAUAAAUCUUAAUCGGAGAGAGUAUUGUGUUCUAAAUCUAUGACUCUAAUAUUUUCAAUAUCUAUCUAUUUGGAAAAGUAUUUCACACACAACACAUGUAUACAAUGAAUAAGAAGACAUUUGCAAACACAACGUUAGGAAUUUAAAGAAAAAAACAUAAAAAUUUUCCUCUUACAAAUUCACGCCAAACCGAACAGACAAAAUAAAAAAUUAACGUUGACAGAUAUGAAUGAAUGCAGAAUUUGGUCAAAAAGAGAAGAUAGUCCUUUAUCCAUAACAUAGUUUUGUGCGUUUUAAGGAACGCAUUUAAUAUUUACAUAAGGAAAAUGGCAGUUAACAAGAAUAUUGUGUUUUGUUAGUUGUAUAGAAAUGAAUGUCAGUUUUAAAAUGCAGUAAUGAAAAUUGAAAGGGUAUUAAGAAUAGGGGUCUAUAUACAUAUGUAUAUGGAAACACACAAGUUCAGAUUCUACAGGCGAUUUACAUACUUAAAGAAAUAGAUUUUAAAGUAAUGUAAUAAUUAUAGUAAUACUUAAGGAAAACCGUUGACUUUUACUUUACUUAAUGGCAGCGGAGGGGGAAUUUUGUCUUUCACCCAAGAGUGUAUUAAAUAUGUAUCAAUUUUCAAAGAGAUAUUAUAGAAUUCCAAUAAUUUUUGAAACCCUCAUAACAUGUUAACAGUCGGCAGCUGCACCUGAAGCAACAAUAGUAUGUUUUUAGACUGCUUUAAAUAUGAUGAAAUUUUUAAUUUUGGCUAUGCAAUAAUUAAUGUUGUAAAUAUUAAAAUGGUAGGCAAUACGAAAAGACUGACAAAGAAAAAUAAGGAGAUACAUUGCAGCUUACCAGCAAGAGGAAUAACAACACCUGUUGAUGAUAAAAAUGAGAAGACGAAAAUCAUUCCCUUAUAUGGUUUUGAAGACCCAACAAGGCUUAAUGAGCUGUCGAUUCAAUGACCCUUGAUUUGAUAGCUUUGCGGGCCGCUAAGCUAUCGACAUAUAUACAGGGUGAGAUAAAAAAUCUGCAACAAAGUCAAACGCCAUUACUUUUGCAUUUUUUUUUUAAUUUAUUGAAUGAAAGCAAAAAAUGUCGGAAAUAACAUCAAAUUUAAGAUAAGUUUAGAUUUGUUCGAAUUGGUCAGCUUUGGCACGAAUUAUGGCCUUCAAACGGCCAAUGGAACCGUCACAUGCUGCCCGAAUGUUGCUCUGCGGUAUUUUGGUCCAUUCCCGGCGAAGCCCUUGCUUGAGGUGUCGACACUUUGGUAUUUUUUAGUGCCAACCAUGUUUUCCAAAAUACUCCAAACGCAAUAGUCCAACGGUGAUGGCCAUUGUGCGCGAGGAACCUCAUUUUGUAACCAUUCUUGGGUGGCGCGUGCUGAGGGCGAUGGUGCUGAGUCCUGUUGGAAUGUCCAAGGUCUGCGGCCAAAAUGUUUAAUAUUCGGCAUUUAUUCUGAUGCCAUCCACGGUUGAUUAAUACGAGCGGAGAGCGACCAUCGGCUGGCCACACCAUCACCAUGGCCGGCGCUUGAGUUCUGGUGGCCAACCGAAGGUGCACAUUUUCAGCUGUCCUCACGAUCAUUUUGUUUGUUUGUUUACAAACUGCUGGACAACGAAUGUUUUCUCAUCGGAGAAAACCAAAUUCUGCAGUUCACCACUUUCGGCCAAGCGAAGCAACUUUUUAGCUCUUUGAGCCUAUUUUCUUUCAGUUGCGGUAUAAGUUCUCGCAUUUUUGAAAUUUCAAUGGCUUUACGCCGAGCUCGUUUUUUAAUAUUUGCGGAAUGGAAUAUUGCGAUAUGUUCAGCUCACGAGCCAUUUUUCAAUUUUUCCGAAAACUUCUUGUAGGGCUGUUUCCCCUGACCGACCCUUGACAUUCAUAAGCAAAUACAUUUACCUCAUUUUCGCAGCUACAACCGGAGAGAUCUUCAUAAUCCAGUGAGAUAUCCAAACGUACACUUAUUUGCAUAGAAUUUACACAGUGCAGUAUGAGAUCCGUUUCAUUGACAACACAUUCCAUAUACAGAGGCGGUCGUCGGCUUGACCUCAUGAACUACAUUAAUGGCAGUGCCCGAUGGAAUGGUAUUUUAAAUUACAGAAAGACUUUCUCUUUAUAGAUAUAAAUAUUUGGUAAACUUUUUGAUAGACAAAUUCUCCAACUGGCCAUUAAGCUUUAUUAAGAAUUUAGAUUUAUACAAAUUAAUUGAAUUGCAGGGCUAUAACUCCAGUUUUUAUUGUAAAGUGUAUUUUUUUAUUUAAGACAACCUGUCAUUUUUGUAGGCUUUGUAACUCGGCUCAGAAAACCAUGCAAUUUUUAUUUGUUCAGAAACCAUGGUCUCUGUCCAUCAUCUAUGGUGGUGUGUGCAUACAGGUGGUUAGGCAUACACAUAAAAUAUAGACAAUUUAUAUGACAGGGCUGCUGACUUAUCUGUUCUAUUUGUUAUACGUCGUAAUUGCAACAAAAUGAUUUUGAAUUUGCUGGACUGUCAAAGUUUUUUGUGGGUAAAGGUUCAAUUGGAAAUGGCAUACAACUUCGCCGUAUCCAUAACCAUAACUGUAACCGUAAUAAAAACUAGUAAAAAAAACAAGUUCGGCCGGGCCGAACUUUGAAUACCCUCCACCAUUUGGAACGAAUUACGAAAUUUUCAAAAAAAAUAAAAUCCAUUAAAAAUUCUGUUAAAAUCAUGAAAAUACCGAAUAUCGGGAGUACCAUUAUAUGGGGGAUAUACGAUAUUUUGGACCUAAGUAGACAAUUUUAUUUUAGGGGGUAAAGAACAAAAAAGAACUCCUUGUGUAAAUUUUCAGAGAACUCCAUUGCAAAAUGUGUCUAAAAUCGUCAAAAUACCGAAUAUCGGGGGAUACCGUUAUAUAGGGGGGCUAUACGAUAUAGUGAACCUAUAUAUACAUAAUUAUCUUCCAGGAGGUAAAAUACUCACAAAGAACUCCUUGUGUAGAAUUUCAGACAAUUCCAUUGAAAAAUGUGGCUAAAAUAAUGAAAAAUAACGAAAAUCGCGGGUACUGUUACAUGGGAGUUAUACAACAUCGUGGACCGAUAUAGCCCAUUUUCGAACUUGACCUGCCUGCAGACAAAAGACAGAUCUGUACAAAAUAUUAGCUUCCAAUCUAAAUUCGUUUUGACUGUAGCGUGAUUAAAACCGACGGACAGACGGACGGAAAUGGCUAAAUCGUCUUAGAAUUUUAUGCUGAUCAAGAAUAUGUAUAUACUUUGUUGGGUCUAAAAUUAUUAUUUCGAUGAGUUACAAACGGAAUGACGAACUUAAUAUACUCUCCAUACUAUGAAUGGUGGAGGGUAUAAAAAUGUUAUCAAUGGGCUUUGGGAUAACCCUAAACAGUUUUCUGCAAAAAUAUUUACCUGGUUAUGGCACGUCUAAUUGAACCUUAACAAGGGAGUCGAGUAACAUAAAUGCAACAUUUUCUUCAGCCCCCUCUCUCAAUAACUCACUUUUAUUUUCAGUAAACUUUUCAAUUGAUAACCGAGUAAUAUUUUUCAUAUUCAUUUCCUUUCUUUUCUUUCUUCCGAUCACCGAGUUGGAAAUUAAAUUUUGUUUCACAACGUAAUACGUAUUUACAUGCAUACUUACAGACAUAUACUUAUAUAGGAAAUAUGAUGAAGUUCAGGUAAUUAAACGCAGUUGUUUCAGAAACAUCCUCUUUAACAAUAAAAAACAAAAAGAAAAGAUAAUUAGAUGUAAAAAAUAUAAAAUCAACUCCGAUACCGGCACAUGCAACUGAGGAGUCUCAGAUAAAAUACAGGGGUACAGGUUUUUUUUAUUCAAAACAUGCUGUUUUGAUAUGCAUCUGUAUAAUAACCGGGACUUUUCAGCCCAUGUGUUACCAAAAACAAAAAUGCCAACAUUCAUUGCUUUAAUUGAUAAACACAAAAAAUAAAAGUAACAAAAACUAGUCGUUGAUAUAAACUUACAAAAGAAAAUUGUAUUUAUUAGUGAAACCCCAAAAAAGUAAAAUUAUUAUUGAAACAAAUAAUAACUAAAAAAAAGAUAGAUUUUUCACCAAAUAAAAAAUGAUCUUAAAAAGAAGCAUACCUCAGUAAGAGACGAUGAUAAUAAAAUAAAAUGCAUUUAUUAAUUAAUAAAAACAAAAAUAAAGAUAACGAUUGAAAGAAGUUGAAAUAUAAGUAACGUACAUAUUUAUUUAAAAAUUGAAACAACAAAUGUAAACAGAAUGCCCCCAACAUAAUGGGCCAAUGUCUCUUGUCUGAUGUUAAACAAAAAUGUACAGUGUACCAAAGUUGAGAAUUUCUGUCAAUGUUAUAAAUUUCAAAACUAUGUGAAAACAUAGAUUUUUUAUUAACAUAAGUCAUAUUUGUGGCAAUAUUUCACCAAAUAAUUCCUAUAAAAAAUAUUAAUUAUUUUUGGAAUUUUUUUCCCUUUUUCGUGAUUUUUAAUACCUAAAAGUGACAAAAAAAAAACCAAAUGAAAAAGAUCUGAAAAUUUUAGCAAAGUCAAACGCCAUAAUUUUUAAAUUUUUUAAUUUUUUUGAAUGAAAGCAAAAAAUGAAGGGAAAAGCAUCAAAUUUUAGAAUAAGUUUAGAUUUGUUCGAAUUCGUCGCCAUUGGCACGAAUUAUGGCCUUCAAACGGCCAAUAAAACCGUCGAGAAUGGGCAAAAAUACCGUCUGCGGCUUGACGACGGGCCUCGCUACUAGUAUCACAGUAACGAGCUAUGGCAUGAGACACAAAAGAUUUAUUCAACAUUUAAAUGCAAAAAAUUCUAACCAAAAUGAUUUUGUAGGCUUGUAAACAAUAUAAUGAGCUGUCACUGGUAUAAUUUUAACAACUGUCAGACGAGUGGGGCCUAGAAAUGACAGCAGUCUGAAGUUGGUUGCAGUUUUUUCAUCUCGCCCUGUAAAUUUUGGGACACUGUGCACAUUUGCUAUUUAGUUUCCAAUUUAGUUUGCACUGUCGAAAACCUACUUCCCACAACUAAAAGAAACUUUUUGAAACCAAAAAAAAAAUUCAAAUAUAACAUAAAUAUUAAAACAUUUUUGAAGGACAACUAUUUAUAAAAAAGUAAAACACAACACUCACACAUACUCAAUCUAUAUAAGUCACCUCUUUUGUGUGUAGAAUUCACACAUACACACACACUCAAUUAAACAUAAAAAUAUUAUUAUAAUAACACCAUUCACUUGAAAAUUUAUAAUUAAGGUACUAUUAAAACCAAACAAAAAAAAGAAAAAACAAACAAAAACAACUUGAGGAAUUUAUUUAUUACUUGACAGUAUUUCGAAAUUUUUAAAUAAUGCUCAGUUUUUUUUUUCUCCUGUAAGUCUAUAAAAACACAAAACAAUUAAAAUCAUACAACUAUUAAUUAAACAAACAAAACAUUAUGAGAGUAUGAAUAAACUAAACAGAAGAGGAUGAUAACUAGUGCCACCUUAGCAAAAAAAAAAAAAAAAGAAAAACAAUGACAUUAUUGAUUAAAAGUUAAGUUUAACUUUCUAAUAUUAUUACUGCAACGACAGAAAAAAAAACAUAUUUAUUUGUAACAUUCUAUUUAAAAAAUAAAAAUAAAAAAUGCAAUUAUUAUAAUCAUUAUUUACCCCAAAGAUGAAAGCUCCAAUAAAGCCAGAGUUGAAAAGUUGUCUAUUAAAACUAUUCGAACAAAUACAAACGAAUUUAUUCCAAAUGUCUAUACGAUUUGGCCAUUCUUUUGAAUUUAAGCAAAAAAAGAUAGUCAUUUCACUUAUGUUUGUCGAACAGUUUUAUUAGACACUUGGCGACCUAACGAAUCUGAAAAUUGUUUUGUUAGUCUUGUAUGUUAAUACUUAUCAUGCAACCAAAAACUGUAGAUUUUUUUAAGAAACAAUUUGUAUUGAUCUCUUUUCAAGAUCAAUUUAUAUUAAAAAAUUACACACACACAAUAUAAUGAUAAUUUCAUAAUUGAUAAACACUUAUUAACAGUAUGAUAUAAAAAAAUAUAAUUCCCAGAAAAGUCAUGAAAAUAAAUGCAAUUACUAUAGA